AUGACGGAAUCGACCGCUUUCCAGGCACUCACCCGACACUUGGCAAAAUCAAACUAUGUCUUUGUAUGCCCCUCACCAGAAACUCAGGGCAGAGUAGUGCAAAAACGACACUCAAAUGUCUCGACCAAAGAUGCGCAGACUGCAUCGGAUUUCUUUGGAUGGAAUUUAUCAUGCGCAAGAGAAACACUCAAAUCCAUGAUACCCGAUGCAAUUUUCGAACAACUAUGCAAAUCCUCAGUUAUUGUCGAAGACAACAAUAAAAUGUACCGCUCCACCAUCCGCGUGUCAAACUUCUACCUACAAGACCCUCUGAACCGCGACCCUGACACCACCUCGCUCUACUACAUCCACUCUUCCUUCCCAGCCUCCUCAAACUCCGUAUUCUUCGGCCCAGACACAUAUCUCUUUAUUUCGUUCUUGCAGACCCUGCCGCGGUAUCUCCCACAAGCGCCAAGCUUGGCCAUCGAUGUAUGCUGCGGAUCCGGUGCAGGGGCGAUCCACAUAGCACGAACGUACCCGCAGGCAAAAGUACUAGGUCUGGAUCUGAAUCCCCAAGCACUGAGCUUGGGUGGUGUCAAUGCGCAAUUGGCAGGAGUCGAAGUCACCUUUUCCGAAUCAAACCUUUAUACUUCUUUGCCUGAAGAGAUGAAGGGAAGAGGAGUUGAUCUCAUCGUGAGUAAUCCGCCGUACAUCGCUUCUAGUGUCGAUGGCAAGGAUUUGCCCAUUUAUGCAGAUGGUGGUGCGGGGUUCGGUCUAGACAUCUCGAUUCGUAUUGUGGAAGAAGGUAUCAAAAUUUUGAGUUCGAACGGAGUCAUUGUCGUAUACACGGGUGUCGCGAUACCGACUGCCGACCCCGGACACGAUGCUUUCCUGGAAAAGCUGAAACAAGUAGAAGACGGGGAGCUUGCCGAGUAUAAAAUCUUGCAUCCGGAUAUGUGGCCUGAGGAGAUUGGAAAGGGCGCGUAUGCAGAUGUGUGUAGGAUACAGAUUGUGGGUGCUGUGCUGCGGAGGAACGUGAAGAGUAAAGAGGAAACCAAAGCUGCGGCUCGCAGUCAAUGGGCGGUAUAA